GUGGGGGAAGUGCCGCAACCCCAACCAACAGCGGGUGUUUUCUUCUCAUGGCAAUGCUUUGGGCAAUGCCAGCGUGCCCCAGUGGGUAACGGGGUGCUGGGACAUGAUGCUGGGGGUGACCACUGCUGUGGGUUGUGGGUGGCAUGUAUCGGUGUUUGGCCACCUCGCUGCUUGGCCGAGGGGUCCCUCGCCCUCCAUUCAUCCCCACUGCCCUCCGUGCAGGGUCAGGGGGCUGCAGCAGGUGGGAAGAGGAGAAGACAAACGAUGGGGUGAAGUGGAAACAACUGGAGCACAAAGGACCCUACUUUGUCCCCCUCUAUGAGCCUCUGCCUGAUGAUGUGCAAUUUUAUUAUGAUGGUAAACCCCUGAAGCUGAGCCUGGCCACAGAGGAAAUUGCCACUUUCUAUGCAAAAAUGCUUGAUCACGAGUACACGACUAAAGAGAUCUUCCAGAAUAACUUUUUUAAUGACUGGAGAAAGGAGAUGACCCCUCAGGAACAAGAGAUAAUCAAGCAGUUGGACAAGUGUGACUUUAGGGAGAUUCAUAAGUACUUUGUGGACAAAAAUGAGGCACGGAAAGCACUCUCCAAAGAGGAGAAGCAGAAACUGAAGGAGGAGGCAGAUAAGAUCCAGGAGGAGUAUGGAUACUGCAUCCUUGAUGGGCACAGGGAGAAAAUAGGCAACUUCAAAACUGAGCCUCCAGGGCUGUUCCGUGGACGUGGUGACCACCCCAAAAUGGGUAUGCUGAAGAAGAGGAUUAUGCCAGAAGAUGUGAUCAUCAACUGUAGCAAGGACUCCAAGAUCCCUGAGCCACCAGUGGGGCAUAAAUGGAAGGAAGUGCGCUUUGACAACACAGUCACUUGGCUGGCCUCGUGGACUGAAAACAUCCAGAACUCCUUAAAGUACAUCAUGCUGAACCCCAGCUCUAAGCUGAAGGGGGAAAAGGACUGGCAGAAGUUCGAGGUAGCCCGGAAACUAAAGGAUGUUGUCCACAAAAUCCGUGCUCAGUACCAGGCUGACUGGAAGUCCAAGGAGAUGAAGAAGAGACAAAGAGCAGUGGCCCUCUACUUCAUUGAUAAGCUGGCCCUGAGAGCUGGUAAUGAGAAAGAAGAAGGGGAGACUGCAGACACAGUUGGCUGCUGCUCCCUACGUGUGGAGCACAUCAAGCUGCACUCAAAGCUGGAUGGGCAGGAGCAUGUGGUGGAGUUUGACUUCCUCGGGAAAGACUCUAUCCGCUAUUACAACAAAGUAUCUGUGGAAAAGCCAGUGUUCAAGAACCUGCAGCUGUUCAUGAAGAACAAAGACCCAGGUGAUGACCUCUUUGAUAGGCUCUCUACAGCCGUCUUGAACAAACACCUUCAGAAGCUGAUGAAUGGUUUGACUGCCAAAGUCUUCAGGACCUACAAUGCUUCCAUCACCUUGCAGGAGCAGCUCAAGGCCCUCACUAACCCUGAAGACAGUGUUGCUGGAAAGCUUCUCUCCUACAAUCGAGCAAACCGAGCUGUGGCCAUCCUGUGCAACCAUCAGAGAUCCACACCGAAAACCUUUGAGAAGUCAAUGCAAAAUCUGCAAACCAAGAUUGAUGCCAAGAAGGAACAGCUGGAAAAAGCCCAACAAGAGCUGGAAGAAGCUGAAGAUGAGUUUAAAGACAAAAAAGAUGCCAAAGCAGAGGCCAAUGUGCAAAAGAAAAAGAAGCUGUUGGAACGUCUGAAGGAGCAGCUGGCCAAGCUGAAUGUCCAGGCCACAGACAAGGAGGAGAACAAACAAAUAGCUCUGGGCACAUCCAAGCUGAAUUACCUGGACCCCAGGAUUAGCAUAGCCUGGUGUAAGAAGUUUGGUGUGCCCAUUGAGAAGAUCUUCAACAAGACACAGAGGGAGAAGUUUGCCUGGGCAAUCGACAUGACUGAUGAGGACUUUGAGUUCUGAGGAAGCACCUUUCCUGUUAGCCUCAUGCUCAUUUGGUGCUGUUUAAUAACUUUUUUAUGUGCUGCUGCAGUUACUACUGAGGUGGGAUGGUUGUCUAACACAAGUUUGCAGGUGUUUCAUGCUGGUUUUUGUAUUAAAAAAAAAAAACAAAAAACCAAGUGUUAAAAGCAAACAUUACUGACUUGUGACACUCAUUCUGAGUGCAACUUAAAUGUGAACUUUUAAUUUCCCUCUAGAGCUGCCAGGUGCUUUGGAUAUCUUCUUCCUUCCUCUGAGUCCAGAAUCUUGGAAGAAGACUGAGAGCCUUAACUGUGCCAAUAAAUAAGAUUACACAGUUAA